UGAUUGAGUGAAAAAUCACCAAAAUGGCAGGAUUUCGUGAAUCACAAAGUGGAAGACGGCGUAAAAAUGGUCAAGAACCAUUCACAAGAAGUCGUGAAGAGUGGCAACAGUUAUGUGGAGAGUUCAACAUUUGCAAGAGAAAGCACCAAGCCAAAUCAGAUGCUCUGCUGGUUCUUGCGAAGGAACUUGAUAACGUAAGACAGGAGAAAGAUGCUUACAAACUCAUGGCUGAGCAACUCAGAGAAAAGUUCCAUGAACAGAGGAAGAAAUACGAGGAGAGAGAAAGGGCUCUUGGAUUAUCUCUACACGAUGGUGACCCAUUAGCAGAGAGAAGGAAUCAUACCCUUGUGCAGAUUCUAUGUGAAUCCAGAGCAAAGAAUCGGAAAGCUGAGCUAGAGCUGGUAGAUCUACACCAGAAGUUAUCUGAAGCAGAAGGAGAUAUCAAGCUUCUGAGAGAGAGCAUAGCUAGACAGCGGAUCGGUGAUGAAGGGAUCGGAACUAGGCAUUUUCCAGCUCAUGAGAGAGAGGAGUUAAUCAGACAGUUAGAGAAAUCCAGAGAGCAGAUUGAAAGCUUAGAGAGAGACAUGGUGGCUAAGAUCGAUGAUCAGCAAGAAUUUGUGACGGAGAGAGACUACUACCGAACCAAGACUGAGAGGCUUAAUCAGGAACUCAACUACGUCUUGGGAGGAGAUGACAGAAGGAUCAUCGAUGUCGACGCCCUCGUCAUGGAAAACAAAUAUUUGAAGGAGCGGAUGAAUCAGAGUCUUGAAGAGAAAGCCACGCUGCAACAAACAAUCAACAAAUACAAGACUGCACUCGAGAGAAGGAGAGGAAAGGGGAUAGGCAGACCAGGCAGUGGAACAGGCUCUGUUCUAUCAACAAAAGAUGCAAUGCACUGUAAUCCCUGUGACAGAGUGGAAAAUCUUCUUGCUCAGGGAAAGUCCGGUGGCAUCUCGGCAUCACCGUCAUCCGUGGGCGAUCUCCAGGCUCUAGCCACGUCUCUCCUGGAAACCGUUCACGAUAAGAACAUGGCUUUGUCUCAUCAAAAGAAUACCAACAAGAUCCUUGGUAAGAGGGUUGCUGAGCUGGAGAAGAAGCUGAAGACCCUGGAGGUAGCCGGUCUCUGGACGCUACCGGUAGGAGCAGGAUCGGGAGCUCGAAAUGCAGUAUAUCUGGCCAAAGAGAAGCAGAAUAUGGCAUCCGGUCUGAAGACACUUCUUCCACACCAAGUUUCAAGCAGUAGCGAUGACAACAGCCCAAGAAGUCUUGAUGGUGCUUCCAGUCAAGGCUCCUCUGCCCAAUCAACCCCACACAGCACGCCCUCUCAUGACGUUAGUCGUAAAGAGCUUACAAGAAAAGACACGGAAGACAGCUUGAUCUGCCUGGAGGAGCAUGAUGGGAAGGCCGAGGCAGCGGAGCCAAGGUCAAGAUCGCAAAGCUCUCCGUCCAAGGGUGAGGUCACUGGGAAGGACAGAGAUGGGAGUUUGAUUGCGUUGGAAGGUCAGGACGAGACAUUGGUGAAGGUCAGAUCGAUUUCACAGGACUCUGUAUCCCACCGCUGCCACCAGAAGAAGUUGGUCAGGACAGACACGCAGGACAGCUUCAUCUCCUUGGAAGACCACAAUGCCAGCCAGUGUGUGGAAGGAGAGAACACCUUCAGUGACAAUGUGCCGCUUCCUCAAGGAAUGGAAGGAACGCCUGGGGAAGAUGACGAUUGGUCAGAGAUAUCUGGCGAGAUCAAUGACGGGGACACUUCAGGUGGAGGAGACGCCCAUGGUAAUGUGAACACUGCAGCUGAGAGGGAGCUGCUCAAGAACGUCUUUGAAAUUGAGCAAGGACAAGCGGAUGGAAAAGAUGGCAAGCUGGACAGUGCAGUGUGUGAUGACAAUAAUCAGGAAGAUGAGGAAGACCUGGAGGGUUCGGCUGAUCCUGAUGCAGCGUUGGAACUUGAGGAUGGUGAGGCAGAUUCGCAGGAGGAAGGAGACAAGCUCAUGUCCUCUUGGCUGGAACAGGAGGGUGAUCCUUCUACCAAUGCUACCAUCGGUACCACCUCGCUUGAGAACCUCUUUGACAGUGUGGCUGAUAAGCUCUCACUGAAGAACAAGGAGAAGAGACAACCGGAAGGAAAGGAAUCCACCCAGCAAUCAUCACCCCUGCUCAAAAGAGACAAACAAGCCAGUCUAGUGGUUGUAGACAAUACUCCUCAAUGUGUUUAAAUUUGUAUUUAAUUCAUGCUUCCAUUUUGUCUGCACUCAUUUGUGCACAGUGUUUGA